AAUAGAUUCCAUCCCCACCCUUGCGGUGAUCAUGCGAUCACAAACAACUUUGUUUAGCGUCUUGAGAAUAGCCCCCCCCCCCCCCCCCCAAAAAAAAAAAAAAAACUAUCUAUCUCUAUCUCUCUCUCUCUUCUGACAAUGUCGCCAACUGUUCUCUUACAUUGCGCACGAGAUAGAUAGGGCGGGCCGAGCUAAGCCACACUCACCCCCAGCGGGUAGGCAAUCAAUCUUCCGUUGUGUGAUGCGGUGUCCUUUUUGGUCUCAACUAUGCAAGCACAGGCCAGUCCGCGGCUUCUGCGAACUGGCUCGGCGCCAAUGCGUUCAUCUCCAUCCCAUAUUUUCUGUCUCCUUAUUGGGGGCCACGCGGGGGGGAUGUCUUACGAGUUUGCUUGGUUCAAAACCCUUCCUUCCUCUUCGGUCAGGGGAUGGGAAUCGCGAAGAGAGAAAGCGAAGAGAGAGGGGGAGACGAAGUCAACAGAAUUACGAGGUUCUGAGCUUGGCGUGGUUGGUUAUGAGAUGGCAAUGGGGGGGGGUAGUUUCUCUUCUCUAUGCAUCACAUCACCAACAUGGUCCGUCGUUCAUCUGUUUUCUUGGUUCACUCGCCGCACCAGCUCCAUACUGUUAUCCAUGGAAAGGGAAAGGGAAAUGGAAAGGGGAAGAAAAUGCUGCAGUGCAGUGCAGUGCCCUUCCUUCGAACCCUUGCCCAUUCCUUCCUCUGCGUGGCAAAGAUCUGAUUCUGGCCUCUGCGCUGUGGCGCGCGUGUAGAGAGGAUUGUGUUUACCAGGCUCCCGGGAUGGGUUGUACAAAGGGCAUGACGGUGAUGAUGGCCGCGGCACCCGUGUGUCCCCUCCUGUUUUUUGCCUGGUAGUUGUCGUUGUUAUCGUGGCCAGGCGCAGGCACAAGGAACAAGGCACAGCAGGCACCCCGAACCGCUCAGGGCAGUAAACAGUCUCCGCCGCCGCCAACAUCAUGGGAAAAUCCCAUCGCUGUGGUUCGUCUCAGCACAAAAGAACACGUU